CACCUCCUCUCCCAGCCUUCAGCUCAGCCUCUAUCCGGUUGUUCCCUGAAUGAAGCUGAACCUUCCUCCAGCCUCUGAAGUAAAGCUGCCUCCUGAGCCUGCAGACUGUGUCUGCACCUCCCUGGAACACUGUGUCCUCCUCAGCAGGAAGAAAAAAAAAAAACUGAAGAAAAAUGACAGCCAAACAUCGAAAAGGAAAGAGCAACCACAAACAGGAGGAGAACUUUUUGAAAAGUGAACUCCUGGAGACCGAAGUUCGCCCUGCAGUGAACAACUCCACUCCUCUGUUGGUUCUAGUUCUGAUUGUUGUCAUCGGCGGAGUCACUGGCGCAUGGAUCUGUUUCCAGCAGCACCAAACUUUAACCUACUUAACAGACAACCUCAUGGGCAUCCAGAUGAAAAUAGCCAAGCUGCAGUCUUCUCAUGAAGAGCUGCAGCUGACCAACACUCAGCAGCACAUUCCAGACAAUGUGGAGACCCGCCUGAGCGCCCUUGAAGAGUCCUACACACUGGCUAAGAAACAGGUGGGUGCGGCCUUGUCCACAGCCGAGCAGCUCAAGACCUCCAACCUCCCUGCCCAAGUGCUGUCCCUUCACACAGAGAUGAAAGCCCGCCUGGCAGAAAUGGAGAAGGCCACCGUGUCUCUGGAGCAGCUGAACAAGCUGCAGAGCACGCUGAACGGGAAGAGCGAGGAGUUUGAGGAUGUCAGGGUGCAGAUGGAGGGUUUGACCACUCUGAGCAGUGAACUAUCCCAGAAGGUUGAGACCAUUGCAGUGAACCUGGCAGAGGUAGAGUCAAAGCUGGACAAGAAAGUGGGUGAGAUUGCCACUCUGAGCUUCACUCUGGAUGAACAGGCCACCAAGGUGCUCAGACUCAAGCAUCAACUGGAUAUUUACCGGGCUCAGCUUGAGGCCAACCUCCUGGAGAUGGCUGCUGUCAGAGAGCUGCUUGAGAAUGAACAGUCCCAGCAGCUGCAGAAGGCUCAUGGAGAUGAAACGCUGUAUGCGCUGGUGGACAAAAACAAACCUGCUGCUGAGCCAAGUGAGCAGAGGGAGGAAGAGGAAGCUGCAGUGACUGAAGAAGAAAAGGUGGUUGAUACAAGUGAGGAGGAAGAUGAUGCUGCAGCUAAAGAAGAAGCUGUUGGAACUGAACAAGAACCAGCUAUUGAAACAUCUGAAGAUGAAGAAGCCACUGCUGCAGCUGAAAGUGAGGAUGAAGAGGCAGCAGCUGUAACUCAAGAGGAAGAGUCUGAAGCUAAAGCUGCAAUUGAGGAAGAAGAGGCAGCAGCAGCUGUAACUGAGGAUGAAGAAGAUGAAGAUGUAGCAGCU